AUGGAGAUGAUUGACAUUGAUUCAGACAUAGAGGAGGGAUACACUGUAUCCCUGGCACUGGCUAACAAUGUUAUCCCACACAUAAAUUUGGAUGUCAAUUCCACCAGAUGUGUGGAGAGAGUGAGGACUCCAAAGUCAUUUUACAUUGAUGCACUGCUUGAGUGUGUUGAAAUCUGCUGUCCUCCUGUGCUUCCUCAUCCAAUCACUGAUUUUUCUACUGCAUCAGCCAAGACAUCCAAUUCUGCCAUCCUCCACAAAGGAAUUUUGCAUGAGUCAAUAGACCAGUGGGCCAGCCAUGGAAGGACCGGAGAUAGGGCGGGCGGGCCAGCCAUGAAGGCAAUCCUCGUAGUGACGGACCAGUGGGCCAGCCAUGGAAGGACCGGGAGGGAUACAGAAGAAGCAUGCAUUAAUAUAUUGGGCCAGGACGUGUGCUGCUGGGGUACCGGCUGGGCCCAAAAGUAUUCUUGGACAGGGAAUGACGGCCCCUUAUACCCGGUACAGGUGGAUGGGCCCAGAUAUGGACCCAACCAUUCCAAGGUCCUCAUCAAUGAUGGUUGGGCCGACGUACCCGAGACCAGCAGAUGGGCAGGCAGUUGUACCCGGUAUUGGCAGAUGGGCCCAGAUGUGAACAUGACCAUACCCAAGGGUCCUCACCAACUUUGUAUCCGAGACUGGCUGACAGGCACAUCCUCAGUUAAUUAUGGCUACCGAAUUUAUACCACAACAGAGAUCCGGUAUCAUUUGGACACGACUCAGAUCAACUUAUCCGAUAUGGUAGAUAAGAUGCGAUCGAAUCGGUCCACUGAACGGGAGUGGCUGGAGCAUCUGCGCCCCGAGCAGCCGGUGCAGAUUACUGAUCCCAACUUCCAAACCGACGCUGGUGGUUGGGCUGAGGGUGAGAAUGGGCCAGGCAAAUUUGCGAAAAUUGUGACGGAUGGGCCCAGCCCGCAUGCAUGCUCGGGAAAAUGGGCAACGGAUGGGCCCAAAAUGUGCGAGGAUAGGCCCAGCGGAUUGCAUGUAAUCUUGAAAAUCAUGACGGAUGGGCCCACCAUGGAUUUGAUCUCAGAAAAGGCAAAUUGGCCCAGUGCAUAUGCAGAUGUGGUCUCGGAAACAGUGACGGAUGGGCCCAGUCCACUGUGUUUGGACUUGGAAAAGGCAACGGACGGGCCCAGUCCCCCAUGGUCUCGGAGAAGGCUAUGGAUGGGCCCAGAACAUGCUUAUUUGUUCGCGAAAAUGGUGGCAGAUGGGCUGAAUGUGCUUGGAAGGGACUCAGGAAUAGACCCUUCCACCCAUGAUUGUGGAAUCAGAAAGGGCGAUGGAUGGGCCCAGCACUCGUCUUAUAUUGCCGAGAAUGGUGGAGCCCGUAGAUUUGGUCUCGGCGAAGGCGACGGGUGGACUCAACUUGUGUGUAUUCCCGAGAAUGGUGAUGGAUGUGUGCAGCAUGGGCUACGGAUGGACCAUCCGACAUAUUCCAUGGGAGUGCUCGCUGGGGAAAUGUCUGACAGCGGCCGGGAUCUAUAUGAACCCGUCGGUUGUGGGCAUUCCGACAACUGUGGAGAGUUGACUAUUGUAGAGAACCACCACGGCUACCAUUGGCUAAACCCUUUGGAUCUACAUCGGCAAAGGCCCUAUCUACCGUUGCUUCCAGAAGAUCCUGUACGGCUGAGGUACUGUCCACUCUGA